ACUUCUCCGAACAAGCAAAAAAGCGCGUCUGGUUAGAAAAAAUAAAAACAGGCUCUAAAGUUCCACAGCUCCAUUGUCGAUCAAGCUGAAUCAAUGGCGUCCGAGAAUGAUACGUCUAGGUCCAGAUAUGCCACCAAGGAGAGCAACGGCGAGGCCAUUCCAGCUCAAGUGCCGCCACGCAAGGUGGCUCUGAUCACCGGCAUAACAGGCCAGGACGGUUCUUACUUGACUGAAUUCCUCCUCAACAAGGGCUACGAGGUGCACGGACUCAUCCGUCGCUCCUCCAAUUUCAAUACGCAGCGUAUCAAUCACAUCUACAUCGACCCUCACAAUGCUCACAAAGCUCGCAUGAAGCUUCACUAUGCUGACCUCACCGACGCCUCCUCUCUCCGCCGGUGGCUCGACACUAUUCGCCCCAACGAGGUCUACAAUCUCGCCGCCCAGUCUCAUGUUGCCGUGUCCUUCGAAAUUCCCGAUUACACAGCUGAUGUCGUCGCCACUGGAGCCCUCCGUCUACUCGAGGCAGUGAGAUCUCACAUCGAUGCCACUGGGAGGAAGGAUGUCCGGUAUUACCAGGCCGGAUCAUCCGAAAUGUUCGGAUCUACACCUCCUCCGCAAUCCGAAACCACUCCAUUUCACCCUCGAUCUCCUUACGCGGCAUCCAAAUGUGCCGCGCAUUGGUACACCGUGAACUACCGUGAGGCCUACGGGUUGUAUGCCUGCAAUGGGAUCUUGUUCAACCACGAAUCGCCUAGAAGGGGAGAGAAUUUCGUCACCAGGAAAAUCACUAGGGCUGUGGGAAGGAUCAAGAUUGGGCUGCAGCACAAGCUGUUCUUGGGGAAUUUGCAGGCGUCGAGGGAUUGGGGUUUCGCUGGGGAUUACGUGGAGGCGAUGUGGAUGAUGCUGCAGCAGGAUAAGCCGGACGAUUACGUGGUGGCGACGGAGGAGUCGCACACAGUGGAGGAGUUCUUGGAGGUGGCGUUUGGGUAUGUUGGGUUGAACUGGAAGGACCACGUGGUGAUCGACAAAAGGUAUUUCCGGCCAACUGAAGUGGAUAAUUUGAAAGGGGAUUCGAGCAAGGUAAGGAAGGAGCUAGGAUGGAAACCCAAGGUGGGAUUCAAACAAUUGGUAACGAUGAUGGUUGAUGAAGACGUGGAGACCGCUAAGAGGGAGAAGGUUCUUGUUGAUGCAGGAUACAUGGAUGCACAGCAACAACCUUGAUUUGUCAUUGUUCAUCACAGAAACAGAGAGAAGGGUAUUUGAUCUUCGGCUUUGAUUUUUAUUUCCUGUAUUUUGUUCUCAAAUCUGUGUUGUGUCGUUUCAUUUUAUGUAAUCUCAUUCAUUUAAAUUCCAGUAAAGUUCAUACUGUAUCGGCUUAUUAAAGUAUCUGAGCUGGGAUGUGGAGACCAGGCUUUGAUCCCUUAAUACUUUGUUCCAGCCUAAUAUUGAAUAAUAAAGUCCUUUAAUAUUUUAUAA